AUGAUAAGUGUGAAAUCUAUGAAUCCUCUCUUGAGCAUACUGAAUGAUAACAGGCUCACUAGGUCUAACUUUUCGGACUGGCUCCGUAACUUGAACGUUGUCCUGAACAUGGAGGCUUUAGGAUACAUCCUAGAGACUCAGGCAGUUGAUCCUCCUGGUGAGGAUACCUCAAAUGAUCAGCUGAGCACAUAUGAGCUGUGGUCGGCUGAUGAUAUGAAUGUUCGCUGCUACGUGCUUGCUUCUAUGAGUAAUGAGUUGCAAAAGCAACACGAGAACAUGAAGAGCGCUCAAGAGAUCUUGAAGAAUCUUAAGGAGCUUUAUUGA